AAACUCUUCAGUUACUUCAAAAGUGUUUCGUCAUGGUGAUUGUUGCUCGAACUUGAUUCAUGAUUUUGUGACGAAAUAAUUACUUUUUGGAACCCACGAGAGUCUUCUGCGUUAUAAAAGUGUUAAUAAAGUAGCACUUGCGUCAUUCUAUGAGUUUUCUUGAGAGUUCCUCAACGUAUAUUUAUUAUAAUCGUGAUUUUAGACUAUAAAAAUGGAAUUUCCGCAUAUUGGCAAGAACUGUUCAUUUAAAUCUUGCAAUAAGCUGGAUUUCCUGCCCAUGAAAUGUGGUGCCUGCAAGGAAGUUUUUUGUUCCGACCACUUUGCCUACGUCAACCAUGAGUGCCCGGAGCCCAACACACGUGACGUUCAGGUGCCGGUGUGUCCGCUGUGCAGUGCGCCCGUGCCGGGUCGGAGAGGAGAACCACCGGAUGUGGCUGUCGGGGCACAUAUAGACAACCAGUGUACCUCUGAUCCAGCAAGGGAAAGGAGAAACAAGGUAUUCACAAACCGCUGUUCAUACAAAGGCUGUAAAACGAAAGAGAUGGUGCCACUCGUAUGCAAAGAUUGUACUCUCAACUAUUGCCUGAAACAUCGACAUGCCAUCGACCAUGCCUGUGAAGGCAAACUGGCUGCGAAGAGACGACAGGCUGCUAAUGCAGCAAUGGCGAGGAUGAAAGCAGCUGAAAACAAAGUCACGCCUCCUACAGUCACAGUUGCCAGCUUUAGUGAAGUACAAGGAAACAUGACGGAAGACGAGGCACUGGCUCACGCAUUAGCUAUAUCGAUGCAAGAACAAAACGCCAGCGUCCAAGCACGGGAUACGAACCUCGCGCGUACGCUCACGCGCCAACGCGUAGGCGGCGAUCAAAAUGGCCGAUGCACCGUCUCUUAGCACCUCACCACUGCACUCAAUGCCUUUUGAAUUUGUGACAAAGUGAUUCAACACGCAGUUUAUUAUGAAGCAAAGUAAUUACAUGAUUUCAGUGUUUUUAUGUUUGAACUCACCGCAGGAGCUGAGUAGUGAAGUGAUAGCAGGAUGUGCAGUGUUAUUUCAAAUAUAUUUUUGCUUUUCCCUGUGAAUAAGUGUCAAUAAAUGUAAUACUUACACUUACCAUCAGGUGAGAUACAGGCCAAGAGCUUCCUCGUUGUAGAUAAAAAAAUAAUAAUUGCAGUGACAACAGUGGGCUGAGUGCGAGUUUAGAUCAAACGCGCUAUAAUGUCAUUAAAGUGAGCGCUUUUGAUGUAAACUCACACUGGGCCCUCAGAAGUCUAAAGUAUUUGUAACACAUGUUUAAUGCAUAGUGUGUGAUUAGUUUCACCAGAUAACAAAUACAGUUUAGCGGUAAAAUAGUUAACUAAAAAUAACCAAAUGGUAUCUAAUAAUUAUUUAUAUUAUACCCUUGGAAGGUUUGUAUCCAUUUUAAAAUUGAAGUUUUGGAAAGUUUUCUUGUUUCAUUCAUGGUUUUAUUGUAUUUUGUUAUUAUGAUUUUUAGAGUAAGAUUUUAAAAUGUAUCUUAACAUAUCCAAUGGAGUUGUAUUGUAAUGGCUAUUGAAGAAAUAACUUUUAAGGAGUCUGUUUAAUUUUGAAAGCGUGAACUUGCACUGGUAUUUGCAAAGAAUAUUGUGGUUUGUUCUUUGUCGCGCAGUUAUGUAAUGACACAUUCUUAAGUAUUUUGAAUUGUCGAGUCAUUUGGAAAAUGAUAGUUCAAAUUCUUAACGAAUGAUCCUCUAACAGAUUGGAAUGCUUCAAAAUAAAAUAAGUCAAUUACCAAUAGUUCAUUCAGAAACAAUUAAAGUACCGGACUUUUUGAAAUGCAUCGUUUUUAGUCUUAAUAACAAGCUUGGCAGCACAAUUUUUUUGUAAUAUUUUAGACACCUUUAACACCUUCAUAUUUGAUAAUUUGUAUUCUUGCUUCAAGCCUCAUUUUUCAAAUUUAAAACUUAUUAAUGUGAUAAAAUUCAUAUAUUCAAUAAUGUCGUUAUGUUUGCUAUUUUAACACUAUGUCAUUGUCAAUCAACAUAAUAUUUAUGUACUUGCCACACUUACAAGAUUUAAGACAUUCCUACAAAUCAAUAUAAUUCCAUUUAUUGAAAUAAAGACAAUAUUGAUAUUAUAUCCAUUAAAUUGUUAUAAAAU